GAACAUUUUAUUAAUCCCAUAAGAAAUGAUGUGGUUACAGUCGGUCCAAGACAGUAGGAACAGCAACAGGCCGUAUAUAUUAUAUAUUAUAACGUUACAAAAUAUAAGAAACAGCUCUAAUAUAUACAAAUAGCUUACUUAUAAAUAUCCAGAAUAUUACAGACAUUUUACUGUAAACUGUAAAACUGUGUUAUUUCACUGUGCAGCAUGUGAUAAAGGGUGCAGCUACUGGAUGGAGGAGUCGUACAGAGAUGUAUCCACAGGCAGGAAGGAUUUCCUGAGUCGUUCACUGGUGCAUUCGGGGAAUCUCAGUCUAAAGACUUUCUCUGAACUGCUGACGUUAAACGGCCGCAUGAGGGCCUCUGCGUCCUCUUCACCGCCUCCAAAACCCUCUCCUCAUUUCGAGUCUGUGCCAAAUUCCCUCCUCCUCCUCCUGCUCUCUGCCAGCCAGUAGCAGCCCUCUGGCCGCGGAGGGGAGCAUUCACACCCCGCUGUCGGCGUUUAGCGGAUGGAGCUCUCAGUCUGAGUCUGACCCGGAGGGAGGGAGGAGGAGAAGAUGAACGGUAACCCGUGCGCCCGCAGGCUGGCCCGGCGCUCCAGGUCCGCGCUGCUGCUGGUCGCCGCUCUGGCCGUCCUGCUGGUCCAGACUCUCAUCGUGUGGAACUUCAGCAGCCUGGACUCUGCUGGCGGGGACGGAGGCGCCAGGAGCCGGGAGAAGAGAGAGGACCGGACCGGGGGGCUCAACAAAGCCGACAGGGAGCACCCGCGGAGGGGGCUGCAGAAGAGGGGCGACUCGCCGCCGCUGGUCGGGAAGGCGGCCGCUCAGCAGCAGCUGCAGGCGGACGUUUACCACUCGCACCGCCCCAAAGAGAAAGUCCACCUGGACAGCAACAAUAAUGAGAACUCGGUCCCCAAAGACUUUGACACCAUCGACAGCAACAGCAACCUGGGGGCCCGAUCACAUAACCAGCGAGUGCCAGUCGGAAAUGCCAAACGUAAGCUGGAAAAGAGCCAAGCGCAAAGCAUGCUGGGAAAAUCUGCCAACGAGGUCCUCAAGUACCCUCCCAUCCAACCGAGAGGGCUGGGCCACAAUCGCAACCACACCCACAUCCGUAAAGCCCACCCCAAGCUGCCAACGGUUGCAGCGCCGGCUCAGGGGUCCAAUCCGGAUUCACCGUUCUACCAGACCAAGAAGCCGGCUUCUCCUCCGCUGCCGCCUGGUCUGGAGGUGAGGAAGGAGCAGCUGCAGUGUGAGAUCAGCGGUAAAGAAGCCAUUUCAGCUCUUUCCAGAGCCAAGAGCCGGGAGUGCCGGCAGCAGAUAGUAGAGGUGUACUGCAAACACAAAGAGGGGACGCUGAUGCCACAGAAAGUUCCUCGCUACUGCCCCGCAGAAGGUAAAGCUAAUGUGAACGUACAGUGGGACGAGGACGCCUCCGAUGCUUCUCCGCCUGUACGGAUCGCCUUCGUGCUGGUCGUCCACGGCCGAGCCUCGCGUCAGUUCCAGCGUCUCUUCAAAGCCAUCUACCACACCUCACAUUACUACUACAUCCACGUGGACCAGAGGUCCAACUACCUCCACAGAGAGGUGGUGUCUCUGGCCAGCCGGUAUCCAAACGUGCGGGUGACUCCCUGGAGGAUGGCCACCAUCUGGGGCGGGGCCAGCCUGUUGACCAUGUACCUACGCAGCAUGGAGGACCUCCUCAGCAUGGCCGACUGGUCCUGGGACUUCUUCAUCAAUCUCAGCGCUGCAGACUACCCCAUCAGGACCAACGACCAGCUGGUGGCUUUCCUGUCCAAAUACCGCAACAUGAACUUCAUCAAAUCUCACGGCAGAGACAACGCGCGUUUCAUCCGUAAACAGGGCCUGGACCGUCUCUUCUACGAGUGCGACACCCACAUGUGGCGUCUUGGAGAUCGAAAGAUCCCAGAGGGCAUUUCUGUGGAUGGAGGCUCUGAUUGGUUCCUGCUCAACAGGCGCUUUGUGGAUUAUGUGGUCAACUCCAGGGAUGAGCUGGUCGGCAGCAUGAAGCGUUUCUACGCCUACACGCUGCUGCCCGCCGAGUCCUUUUUCCACACCGUGCUGGAGAACAGCGCCCACUGUGACACCAUGGUGGACAACAACCUGAGGCUCACCAACUGGAACCGCAAACUGGGAUGCAAGUGCCAGUACAAGCACAUCGUGGACUGGUGCGGCUGCUCGCCCAACGACUUCAAGCCCUCAGAUCUGCCGCGCUUCCAGCAAGCGUCCAGACCCACCUUCUUUGCCCGGAAGUUUGAGGCCAGCGUCAGUCAGGAGAUCAUCAGCCAGCUGGACGCCUACCUGUUCGGAGCGCUCGCCUCGGGAACACCGGGUCUGCAGGCCUACUGGGAGAACAUCUACGAGGCAGAGACAGACGGACCCGCAGGCCUGUCGGACUCGGCGCUCACCCACUACCACGCCUUUGCUCGUAUGGGACUGUCCCGCGCUGCCAGCUCGCUGCAGGGACAUCCCAGCGACAACAGCUGCAGGUACGUCGGCGUGAGUCACCCAGUGUCUGUGCACCUUUACUUCCUGUCCGACCAGUACCAGGGCUACCUAGUCCAUCAUGUGGCUACCAACCAAGCCUCUAAUCAAUUGGAAACCCUGGAGACCUGGGUGGCCCCCAAAGACCACUUCACCCUGACCAGCUCCCCACAUGCCGCUAACAGGCUCCAACACAUCCAGGUGGGGACCGACUGGGAUCCUAAGGAGCGUCUCUUCAGGAACUGGGGGCGUCUCCUGGGACCUGAGGACGAGCCGGUGGCCGUGCAGCGCUGGAGCCGGAGCCAGAGCAACCUGACGGCUACGAUUGUCUGGAUCGACCCAACCAACGUCAUCGCCGCCACCUACGACAUCCUGGUGGACGCCUCCGCUGAGGUCACACACUACCGGCCGCCUCUCACCUCCCCGCUGAGGCCUGGCGUGUGGACACUGAGGGUGUUGCACCACUGGAGCCCGCUGGGCCAGACCAGCUUCAUUGUAGCUCCUUUGGAGUUUCACAGGCAAAGGCCGAUACAGCAAGAGGACGCUCUGCGUCUGCACAGUGGACCAGCCAAGAACUCCUACAUGGAGCAGAGCUUCCACGGCCUCAACCCGGUCCUGCAGCUGCCGGUGAGCCUGGGUGCUGUCGAGGAGGCCGAGGCCAACGCCAGUCUGACGGGGGCACCGUUGCGUCGCUGGCUGGACAGGCUGCUGGAGGGCUACUGGUCCGCCUCGGACGUCUGCUCGAUGGGCCCCAGCGCCUGUCCGGUCAUGCAGCGCUGCCGCCUCACCGCGUGGAGCUCCGCCAGCCCCGACCCGAAAUCCGAACUGAGCCUGCCCAGAGAGGACGGGAGGAUAAGGUAGCAGGCGGACGGACUGAGGGAGAACGAGGCGAGGGAAAAUGAAGGAAAACACAGGGCUGACGUCCCGUUUGUGUCCAGUAUUUAUUUAUUUAAAGUCUGUGGGCGUGAACAGAGAGGACAGAUGGAGCAUCAGAGGGAACGGUGGGAAGAGACACUGAGGAAAAUCUUCUCCUUCAGUCCUCAUUCGGUCUGCUCUCACUUUUAUUUAGGACUACAAAGCUGUGCGUGCUCGAGUGAGUGAGAGUGUGUUAAGAGUGUUCGAAGAACUUUAUACCUCUUGUUGUCUGAGUGUCUCCCUGAGUUUAGGGUCACAUGCUGAAAACAGACACGGUUGCUCGUUCUUUAGGCCCAUUAUUUAAAAACUACAACAUAAACCUGAAUCAAGCCUCUAAGGAUCGCCUCAGAAUGAGAUUUCUCCACGCUACUAGUUUAAAAUCCAAAAUCAACCUCUUAAAAAAUAAAAUCUGAUUUAAACAGUGUCAGUUUUUUUUUUUUGUUUUUUUUUCCCUUUUGGCUCAGUGUGACGUCAGUGAGAAAGGAUAUGCACAAAGCCUGUAAGAUAAACAGAUUAUUUUGAACAUUGAAUCAUGCAAAGCUACUCUAAUGGAGUCCAAGAAUAAAAAUAUCGAGCUGGAAGGGAGCAGAACAGCCCACUUUAAAGCACAGUAUGUGAUUUCUGAAAGCUUUUUUUUUUUAUGUCCUGUUUAGCUGGAAAAAUUUCCGUGUUUUUGCUUCUUUAAAAAGGAAAAUCGGUUUAAGUAACAUUUAGAAAUAUUUAACCAAUAACUGCUGACAUUUAACUAUGAAAAUGUUCUUUUUUCUACAUCAAUGCUGUGUCUGUAUGAAUGAUCCACAGAAGCAGCUGCCAGUAAGAAUCAGCUGUAGAUGGAAAUCUCACCGCAGCGACGGUACCAAUGAUUUUCCCUUUAACCACCUUUCCAGAGAUAAUGAGCCUAAAAUCAGUUCUCAGCAACCACAGAUGUUCUCACACAGAGCCAGUUGGGUAUCAGGGGAAAUUAUGAUUAAUCUUUUAAAGUGCUAAUUUAUGGACAGAAUAUAUUUAAUGAGUUUUCUUAAGUUGUUCGGGCUCUGUGUGCGAUUCGUGUUUUCUUUCUGUGCCAUGUCUGAAUCCCUCAGACUUGAAGUGAGACGUCCGCUAUGUUGGAAGAGAUCCGCCUCCUUUUUCCUUUAAUCUGCACACAUUAAAAAACGACAAACUUUCUGCUGUA